AUGGACUUAAUUCUGGUAAAGUUUCAAAUUGAUUGGACACUUCAUGCCGUCGUACUUCAGUCACACAAGUUUUGCGUCCCUCCAGAAAUUCGCUGGCAAAACAUUGAACUCUUUGGAAGUUUGAUAAUAUCUGUUGAUGCCAUCUGGAUGGAAAAGUUGACAAUUUAUGAGUGCAUGACCUUGUCGUCUUAUGGCUGGUGCCAUACUUUUAAUAUUGUGGAUGAGCUCGAAAUAAUUUACAAAAAUUCUGUAGCUGAAUAUUUUCAGUAUCAAAAGAUGCAAGUCAGCAAUCAAGCACCAAACAACACUGUCAAGCCACCAUAUUUUACAUUCAAUAAAGAUUCUGGAUUUCAGGCAACAGUUCUAGAAAGAAAAAGUUCAAGUUUCAUAAAAGUUAAAUAA